AUGGAUUAUGGUUUUUAUCGAUCGUUGGUUUGUGGUGCUGCGGCAGGCUUUGCCGUUGACAUGACUCUUUACCCGCUGGAUACAGUAAAAACAAGACUUCAGAGUGCUCAGGGCUUCAGUGCUGCAGGUGGUCUACGAAAUGUGUAUCGUGGGAUGGGUUCGGUUGCUGUUGGUUCUGCACCCGGAGCUGCACUGUUUUUUUGCAGUUAUAAUUUCUUAAAGCAAGCAGCUAAUAAAGAAAGCGAACCUAAUGAAAUAAUUAUAGCAGUUGCUGUAAAUGCAUGUGCUGCCAGUUUUUCGGAAAUCGUGGCAUGUGUCGUACGGGUACCUACUGAACUGAUAAAACAACGGGCGCAAGCAAGACAAGUGCAUAAUAUCAGCACUAUAUGCCGGAAGAUUUACAGUCAAAAUGGACUUCGUGGAUUCUAUCAAGGUUUCUUUAGCACCGUAUCCCGUGAAAUUCCAUUUUCAUUUAUUGAGUUCCCUUUAUGGGAACUUUUGAAACAAUUGGUAACGAGAGUUCGAAAGAAGCACAGCACAACACCACUUGAAUCUGCAGCAUGUGGUAGUGCCGCAGGAAGUGUUGCCGCAGCUAUAACGACACCUCUGGAUGUGGUGAAAACACAAAUAAUGUUAGACGAUAGUACCUCACGGGUAAGUACAUCAUCAACAAUGGCAAGAAUUUGGAGAAAUUCUGGAUAUCGAGGGCUCUUUGCUGGUCUCAUUCCUCGUUCAGUCUGGAUGGGCAUUGGAGGCUUCGUUUUUUUUGGUGCCUAUGAAGCAACCACAUUACUUACUGAAAACAUACUUUCGCAGCCUUAA